UGGAUAAGAAUGUCUUCGAGAUGGUGCUUUGACAUGUCGUCGUUGUUUAUGUUAUUAUGUGCGAGUUGUUCAUGUUGUUAUUUGUUACCAUUGUGUGAGUGUUAUUGUACGUGGAAUGAAAUUUUGAUCUCGUGAAAGUUUAUUUUUCCAUCUUUGCUAACAUGGUUUUGACAGAGGCACAGUUAAAGUGGAAACUAUUGAACGGAGUUAUUUGCGUGUAUAAAAAUGCUGGUGUAAGCGUAAAUAACGUUCGGAGAACGCUCAUUGGACAUAUUUGUGAAGAUUUAUGUAAGCUUGAAAGCCGACCGCCAUUAAAUCAUGUAUAUAUUGAAGGAGACCCAACCAAAUCGUUAACAGUUUCUGUGGCUCCGAAAUAUUCUGAUAGCCCACUCGUUACGGGACCACGGUAUCAACCGCAAGAUGUUCGAUGCUCAUGGGCUACGAUUCUUGGUAGAGACACCUCAGGAGUGUUUGUUAUUGGUAUAAAUAAAGGAGCACGAGCAGCUCAGAAAUUUCAUUUGAGUAGACCAACAAGAAGUUACCAUAUAAAGGGACAGCUGGGCUACGCCACUGACACUUAUUUCCGAGAUGGGAAAGUGGUUGAGAAGGCAUCAUUUGGACAUGUGAAGCAAGCAAAGUUGGACAGAGUUCUGGCAUCUGUCCAAGCAGCACAUCAAAAACACAUGUUUCAACAGGCUGGAGUUGACAUUCAGAGUCAGACUGCAUAUGAACUGGCAUCACGAGGCAUGAUCAGACCGCCAGCAAAUACAGUUCCUCUUUUGUACAAUGUGAGGUGCACCUACUUCAGUCCACCAGAUUUUACUCUCGAAGUUACGUGUAUUAACGAGUAUGAAUCAUACUUGAAGACUCUCAUCCAUGACAUUGGUAUCCAACUUCACACAUGUGCUACAUGCACUGGCAUUCACUGUAUUCGGCAUGGGCUCUUCACACUGGAACAUGCUCUCCUGCCAAAACACUGGCACCUAAAACACAUUCUGGACAGUAUGCAAGAAUGUCAUCAGCUGAUACAGCAGACAGUCAACAAUACAGUGGAAAAUACAUCACCGACUCUUGUUCCCGCAGAAGAGCAAAAGAAUUCAUUUGUAAAUUAAUUACAACCAGUGCCUUUCUGAUAUGGAGGAAUAAAGGGCUUUCUUGUGAAUCA